GGGGCGUGGCCCCAGUGGAGGCGGGGCCAGCCGCGGCCAGAGCCGCCGACCCAGACGUGGCGCAGCGGCGAUCCUCUCGUCGCGCCUCAUUUCCCGCCGGGUUCCGAUGAUCCUCUCGAGGCCUCUGCAGCCGCUGCUGCUGCUGCUUUUUGCGGCGUUCGCGGCUUCCGCAGCCACCUUCCGGCCCGACUGGAGCCGUCUGCACGGCCUAGCCCGAGCCCGGGUAGAGACCUGUGGGGGAUGACAGCUGAAUCGCCUGAAGGAGGUCAAGGCCUUCGUCACCGAGGACAUCCCAUUGUACCACAACCUGGUCAUGAAACACCUUCCGGGGGCCGACCCAGAGCUGGUGCUGCUGGGUCACCACCAUGAGGAGCUGCAGCGAAUCCCACUGAGCGAGAUGACCCGCGAGGAGAUCAACGCGCUGGUGCAGGAGCUCGGCUUCUACCGCAAGGAGGCGCCCGACGCGCCCGUGCCCCCGGAAUACCUGCAGGCUCCUGCUAAGUCCACCCCAGGCGCUUCGGACCGACCUUCCUCCGAAUUGUAGGCCUUGGGGAGCCUGCAUCCCCCUCCCCCCUUCAUACACCUCCUGCCUGAGCCCUGGGGACAGAAUGAAGCCCUCAGUGUCCCGGGAGCACUCCCUCGCUGAGGGUCGACGCCCCGUCCCCAAGCCAGCAGGGAUGGAGUUGGGGGAUUCCUCAUUCCUCUCCACUUCUUUCUUCCCUCUUCAGUUCCAUUAAAUCUUUAUGCUUUCAUUGUGA